AUGGCGGCUGAAGGUACCCUGAAGGAGCUCUGCGAGGAAGCCUCUUGCUCCAUCUGCCUGGACUUCUUCAGGGACCGUCACCGAGUGCGGCCACAACUUCUGCCGAGCCUGCCUGACCCGCAGCUGGAGGGAGGCGGGGGCCGCCGAGCCUUCCUGUCCCCAGUGCAGAGGAAAAGCUCAGCCCAGCAGCCUCAGGCCGAACCAGCAGCUGGCCAACAUGGUGGAAAUAGCCGAGAGAGUCGCUCUGCAAGAGGCCGGUAUGAAAUAUGGGAGUCAUUUGAGAAUCCAGCGGCUUUACCUCUUGUACUGAAGUGGCACAUCUGGGACUUCUCAAGUUUAAAUACCCUUUUGGAGGGCAUCAAGAAGCAAUUUAAAGACACUCUGGGUUUUGGACUUCACCUGCAGAAAGCAAAUGUGACUCUGGAUCCAGACACGGCCCAUCCACGACUCAUCCUGUCUGAGGAUCAGAAAAGUGUGCAAGCAGGAUUAAAAACUCAGGCUCUGCCCCACAAUCCUGAGAGAUUUGACGGGGAGUAUAUUGUGCUGGGCCGUGAGGGAUUCACAGGAGGCUGCCAUUUCUGGGAAGUCCUUGUGAGAAGUGAGGAAGCAUGGGCUGUGGGUGUGGCCAGAAAAUCUGUCAGGAGGAAGGGAACCUUCAUCUUGAAUCCUGACGAAGGGAUCUGGAAAGCAGGGAAGUGGGGGGGCAGCUACAAGGUUUCUGUAACAGGCCAUGGCUGUUACAGACUGUUGACUGUGACUGGGGAGCUCAAGAGGAUCCGAGUGUGCCUGAACUAUACUGGGGGUCGAGUGUCCUUUUUUGAUGCUGACCGAGCAGCCCUUCUCUACGAGUUCUCUGGAGCCUCCUUCCAUGGAGAGACCCUCCUGCCCUUAUUUUGGGUGCGUGGAAAAGGCCACCUCAAAAUCUCUUCCUAAGACCUUUUCUUCAACCAGGACCAUAAAGAAGAAAAUAUUCUCAAGAGCCUCCCCCCACUUUUUUUAGUCCUAUAAAGGCCUCUCCAGGCUCCCAGGCACCCAAACGGACUUGAGUGAAAUGGAGACAUCUUUCCUUCCAUUUCCCAACAUUCCCUUUUUUCUUUGUAGCUUAUUUCUCAAAACAAGAAUUAACGCAUUUCGCAUUACAAAGAAUAGCAGCUUAUUCCAAAGGAGAGCUCUGAAUGGACCCUCCCCCUGGGUCUCCUGCAGCCUCCUUUCCGCUCAAGCAUGAGAAGAACAACUGCAGGGUCCACAGAAGAAGAGAAGGCCGUGCAAGAUUAAAUCCGUUUUCUGGACUUCUAGUUUACUUUGGUUUACUGGGCACCAUCUGCUGGGAUUUCUUGUGUUCACUGAACCCACUGUGAGGGACACUGGAGAUCCUGCUCCUAUCAGAGUUGAUAUCUUCAUAGCACUUGGCUUUCAGUUAAACAAAUGAUUGUGUUAUGCUUAUGAUAAAGUUAUGUUACCUUGAAAA